UAUAAAAAUUGAGUAAAGUAUCCCUUGCGUUGUUCAAGUGCGCCGUCUGGAAAUUCUAUCACGUAGACUAGGUGUACCUUAUUCGAAAGUAAGAUGAUGCAACAUGUAAAACUGUUUUUAACUUAGAUAAAAGUAAAAACGUUUUGUAAUUGAGACAUUGUGCACUUAGCAGGUACUUACGUGUGCUAACUACUUCCGCAUUGCUGUAUAAGAUUUUAAUUCUUCUGCGAUGUUCCGUGGUACAGAUUUGAUUGGCAGACAUUUUUUGACCCUAAAAGAUUAUAACCAAAGUGAAAUAGAGCAUUUGCUUUGGACAGCAUCAGAUUUAAAAACAAGAUAUAAGGAAAACAAAGAGGUGUUCCAGCCUCUCAUUGGCAAAUCGAUUGCAAUGAUAUUUCAGAAACGAAGCACAAGAACUAGGCUUUCAACAGAAACUGGUAUGAGUUUACUUGGUGGACAUGCAGUUUUCCUUGGUCCUGAUGACAUUCAUCUUGGAGUCAAUGAAUCACUGCAAGACAGUGCAAAGGUACUAAGCAGAAUGACAGAUGUUGUCUUAGCCAGAGUCUACGGUCAGUCUGACUUGGAGGAACUCAGUAAAUAUUCCACAGUACCUAUUAUCAGUGGAUUGUCUGACAUGUAUCAUCCCUUACAAAUACUGGCAGAUUUCCAGACUCUGCAGGAGCAUUUUGGUCAGCUGAAGGGGUUGAAAUUGGCUUGGGUUGGAGAUGGUAACAAUGUUGUCCAUUCAUUUUUGAUGGGAUGUCCCAAGCUUGGAAUGGAUCUGAAUAUAGCCACUCCUAAGGGCUAUGAUGUUGAUCCCAAAGUAAAAGAAGAUGCAGUAACUUUAGUGAAACAGUCUGGCACAUCAAUGAAUUUCACCAGGGACCCUAUGGAGGCAGUAGCAGGGACUGAUGUGGUAAUUACAGACACCUGGAUCAGUAUGGGGCAGGAGGCAGAGUCGAAGAAGAGAAUCAAAGACUUCAUGGGAUAUGAAGUUACAAAGGAGAUGAUGGCUGCUGCUGGACCCCAUGCCAUAUUUAUGCACUGUCUUCCGAGACACAAGGAGGAGGUCAGUGAUGAGGUGUUUUACGACGAAAAGAGGUCAGUUGUGUGGCAGGAGGCAGAAAACAGGAAAUGGACAGUUAUGGCAGUGAUGCUGAAUUUGCUGCAACAGUACAUGCCGCUGCAUCCAAAACCCACAUUCUAACAAUUCCAGUCGACCUGUCCAGGUCCAGUGGAGGGCAUUUCAUGGUUAAAAACACAUUUGAAAUACAGACUUUCUUUUAUAGCAAUUCCAUAAAUUGUGUUGGCUGAAAGAAAUUUUAAACAAGGUUGAUACAUUUCCAUGCUGUUGAGAGUAGUAUGUUGCAUUUUAUGUUUAAAGGUGGGUAAAGAUUGGAGUUUUCUGAUCAUGCACAAGAAUCUCAAAUUUAAUAUUCUGUCAGUAAAAAAAUAAGUUUAUUAAAUUAUACAGGGGAGAACAUCACAAAAAUCUCUUUUGAUAAAUAAAUUUUACAAGUAUAAUAAAAUGUUACGGAAGUGGUGA